AUGAAACCAAGCAUAAAAAUAGGACACAGAGGAAAAGAUCAGAUGUGGUUGGGGAUGGCAAAUUUCUUUAGCCAUGGCUGCGGCCCCAGCCUCAAUUCCAACUCUGGGGGCACUUUUUCUCCCAGAAACACCCAACAGCUUAAUUCAACAAAGCAAUGCUCAUGGCAAGGCCAAACAAAUGCUGCAACUGAUGAUGUCCAAGCAGAACUCGACGAUCUCAUCAAAGCAAGCGGCAUUUCAAAAACCAUCAAAUACCCUUUUAAGAACAUCAUACGAGCAAAAUAUAGGCCUCAGCUUGUCAUGUCAAUCACAAUACCAUUCUUUCAGCAGGUUACUGGAAUCAAUGUGAUCUCCUUCUAUGCUCCAGUUCUCUUUCGAACAAUUGGUUUUGGUGAAAGUGCAUCCCUCUUGUCAUUGCUGAUAGUUGACAAAGUUGGACGAAGUUUUUUAUUUAUAGUGGGGGGAAGUCAAAUGUUUGUCUCACAGAUGUUGAUUGGAGGAUUAAUGGCAGCAAAGCUAGGGGAUCAUGGCGGGUUGAGCAAAGGUGAUGACUUAUUGGUUUUGAUCUUGAUAUGCAUUUAUGUUGCUGGUUUUGGUUUGUCACGGGGUCCCUUGGGAUGGUUAGUUCCAACUGAAAAUUUUCCACUGGAAAUUCGAUCAGCUGCACAAAGUAUUACUGUGGCAGUGGGCUUUUUCUUCAUUUUUCUUGUUGCUCAAACUUUUCUAGCUAUGCUCUGCCACUUCAAGUUUGGGAUUUUCUUCUUUUUUGGAGGGUGGCUCGCGGUGAUGACUGGAUUUGUGUGCAUGUUAUUGCCGGAGACUAAAAAUGUGCCAAUUGAACAGAUGUAUAGAAUCUGGAGAGAGCACUGGUUUUGGAAGGCAAUCGUGGCUGACGGACAUGAGGUGAGCAAGAUGGAGAGCGCGUGA